UUUUCGUCGGUUUUUAAAUUUACAUCCAACGAUUAUUAGGAGGAGGAAACGAAUAACCUUUUUUCAUACUUUACCAUAUCUCUCUUAUAAAGUCUGAAUUUUAUGUAUGGCGGUGGGCCCCAUCUCCACCUCCCAAAACAGCGGCGCCACUGCUCUUUUUCACUUUAUUUUCAACCUCACCCACCUUCCUCCACCACCCUAUCUCAUUUUUAAUUUUCUAUAAACAAAUUCCCAUUUCUUCCCUUCCUCUAUUCCCUUCUCUCUUUCCCUUUUCUUUUAUUUCAUUUCCAAAUUUCUCCCAAAAAAAUUAAAAAACCCAUUACUUUAAAUUAAGAAAAUCCUUUAAUUGGGAUUAAUUUGAAGGGAAAAAAAGAAAGAAUGAAAGGCGAUUUUGCUCAUCCCAAGAGCAAAACUUCCAAUAUGUUAUCAAAAUUCCAUCUCUCAACCCACCCUUUCUCCAACCAUCCUCCGCCGCAACAACCCGCCGACGAGCCCACCGCCGCCGUGCCUUCCGCCUUUAAACACCACACGGAACUAACCUCCACCGCCGAUGGUUCCACCAUCGAGGUGGUCCGUCGGCCGAGGGGUCGCCCACCGGGUUCCAAAAAUAAACCUAAACCGCCUCUUGUUAUAACCCGGGAACCCGAACCGGCUAUGCGGCCGUACGUUCUAGAAGUCCCUGGGGGAAACGACGUCGUUGAAGCUAUUUCAAGAUUUUGCCGUCGCAAAAAUUUGGGCCUUUGUGUUCUCAACGGUUCCGGUACCGUUGCUAAUGUUUCUCUCCGUCAACCCUCCGCUACCCCUGGCGCCACCGUUACUUUUCACGGUCGUUUUGAGAUUCUCUCCAUUUCCGCUACCGUCUUCCCUCAAACCACGCCGUUACCUUUACCUAAUGGUUUCACUAUCUCCCUCGCCGGACCUCAGGGUCAAAUCGUUGGCGGCUUGGUCGCCGGCGCUUUAAUUUCCGCCGGUACUGUUUUUAUUGUUGCCUCGUCCUUUAAUAAUCCGCUGUACCACCGGCUUCCGGAUGAGGAAGAGAUUAAGAAUUUGGGAUCCGGCGGCGGCAGUGGCGGUGGCGAAGUUCAUUCCCCACACGUCUCCGGCGGUGGAGAUAGUAGCGGGCACGGGCACGGGCACGGGCACGGGCAGCUUGUAGAAUCGUGUGGAAUGGCUAUGUACAGUUGCCACGCGCCGUCUGACGUAAUUUGGGCGCCAACGGCGAGACAACCGCCGCCGCCGCCGUACUAAUCCAUAACUUUUCAUUUUGUUUUCUGCUGAUUUCUUUUUCCUAUAAAUCCUUUUUUUCCCCAUUAAUUUUCCAUUGCUCUUCUGUUAAAUUUGUAGGGUUUGUGGUCUGUUCUAGAAUUUUUCUUUGAUUUGAAAUGACUUGAAAAGGAAAUGAACUGAUUUUUUUUUUUUUUUUGCAAA